UUUUUUUAGAGAAGCGCUUUACUUUUUACUGUGUCGUAGCUGUCCCUGGAAUGAGGCGCUUACACAGUUCAUGCCUAACAUAAAGUCUGGCCCUUGCUCGCUCCUGCCCCUCCUUCAAAUGGCUCGGCCCGCGGAAUGCCCCAUCUUUCAGGCACUUGGAGAGCCGGAGUCUUGGAGGAGUUUAGGGUGGUGAUUCUACAACGGUGACUGACAAGUGAGGGGCUUCAGCCCUCUCCCGCGACCACGCGUCACAUCUCUCACUAGUUCCAGCUGCCUGCGCGUGGGCCCCAGAAGCGCGGGGAAAAUUGGUACACGCAAAGCGUACUUGGUACGGUCCACUCCGCCGCGCCCCGCGCCGCCGGAAGUGAGGUGUCUUACCCCCGAAGUUCCGGUUCGCAGGGGGUGGGGAGUGUUGUUAACCGGAGCGGCUGCCGCAGUCGCGGUGAUUGAGCGUGCUCGCGGCGCUGGGCUCCUGGUCUCUGGGCCAGGGCAAUGUUCCGCACCGCAGUGAUGAUGGCGGCCAGCCUGGCGCUGACCGGGGCAGUGGUGGCUCAUGCCUACUACCUCAAACACCAGUUCUACCCCACUGUCGUGUAUUUGACCAAAUCCAGCCCCAGUAUGGCAGUCCUGUACAUCCAGGCCUUUGUCCUUGUCUUCCUCUUGGGCAAGGUGAUGGGCAAGGUGUUUUUUGGGCAGCUGAGGGCAGCAGAAAUGGAGCACCUCCUGGAACGGUCCUGGUAUGCUGUCACUGAGACUUGCUUGGCCUUCACCGUUUUUCGGGAUGACUUCAGCCCUCGCUUUGUGGCACUCUUUACACUCCUUCUCUUCCUCAAAUGUUUCCAUUGGUUGGCUGAAGACCGUGUGGACUUUAUGGAACGCAGUCCCAACAUCUCUUGGCUUUUCCACUGCCGCAUUGUCUCUCUUAUGUUCCUCCUGGGCAUCCUGGACUUCCUCUUUGUCAGCCACGCUUAUCACAGCAUCCUGACCCGAGGGGCGUCUGUGCAGCUGGUGUUUGGCUUUGAGUACGCCAUUCUGAUGACCAUGGUGCUCACCAUCUUCAUCAAGUAUGUGCUGCACUCCGUGGACCUCCAGAGUGAGAAUCCCUGGGACAACAAGGCCGUGUACAUGCUCUACACGGAGCUGUUUACAGGCUUUAUCAAGGUCCUGCUGUACAUGGCCUUUAUGACCAUCAUGAUCAAGGUGCACACAUUUCCGCUCUUUGCCAUUAGGCCCAUGUACCUGGCCAUGAGGCAGUUCAAGAAAGCUGUGACAGAUGCCAUCAUGUCUCGCAGAGCCAUCCGCAACAUGAACACACUGUACCCGGAUGCCACCCCCGAGGAGCUCCAGGCAAUGGAUAACGUCUGUAUCAUCUGCAGAGAAGAAAUGGUGACCGGUGCUAAGAGAUUGCCUUGCAACCACAUCUUUCAUACGAGCUGCCUGCGCUCCUGGUUCCAGAGACAGCAGACCUGCCCGACAUGCCGUAUGGAUGUUCUGCGGGCAUCAUUGCCAGCCCAGUCACCACCACCCCCUGAGCCUGCUGACCAAGGAGCACCCCCUGCCCCUCAUCCCCCACCACUGCUGCCACAGCCCCCUAAUUUCCCCCAGGGCCUCCUGCCUCCUUUUCCUCCGGGCAUGUUCCCACUGUGGCCUCCAAUGGGUCCCUUUCCACCUGUCCCACCUCCCCCGAGCUCAGGAGAGGCUGCAGCUCCUCCGUCCACCAGUGCAGCCACUUCUCGACCCAGUGGAGCAGCCACCACCACAGCUGCUGGCACGAGUACUUCUGCCCCAGCAUCUGGCUCUGUACCUGGCCCAGAGGCUGGUCCUGCCCCUGGCUUCCCUUUCCCUCCUCCUUGGAUGGGUAUGCCUCUGCCUCCACCUUUUGCCUUCCCCCCGAUGCCUGUGCCUCCUGCGGGCUUUGCUGGCCUAACCCCAGAGGAGCUGCGGGCGCUGGAGGGCCAUGAGCGGCAGCACUUGGAGGCCCGGCUACAGAGUCUGCGCAACAUACACACACUACUGGACGCCGCCAUGCUGCAAAUCAACCAGUACCUCACUGUGCUGGCCUCCCUGGGCCCCCCCAGGCCAGCUACUUCAGUGAACCCCACUGAAGAGACUGCCUCUACAGUGGUAUCUGCUACCCCUUCCACCAGCGUCCCCAGCUCUGAGGCUCCUACCCCAUCCCUGGGAGCUUCCCCACCAAUUCCUGAAGCUGAAAAGCCUCCUGCUCCUGAGUCAGUGAGCACUGCAGAAGAGCUUCCUGAGGAUGGAGAGCCUGAUGCUGCAGAACUCCGCCGGCGUCGCCUGCAGAAGCUCGAGUCUCCCGUUGCCCACUGACACUGCCCAGAUCUGGCCCUGCUCUCUUGAGUAGCCCUCACUGGAACACGUCCUGCCACCAAGUGCCAGCUCCCUCUCUGUUUGCACCAGGGAGUAGUAACCCCAGUUGAGAAAGACUUGGCAGGAUCUCUGAGGAUCAAGAAGUGUCUGGGCUUCCAGUUGAUCCACCCCAGUGCCCCUGGCAGCCAUGGGGGUGUUGGUCAGCUCUAACCUUCCUCCUCUACUUCUGCUAUGUUCUACUGGGGCCUUGAAAGUAGAAGCUGAGCCUCUGGCAAGCCUUCUCUCCCACGCUUUUAGGGAGAAGGUAAAGCCCCUCUAAGCCCUGCUUGUGAGUAUGGGACCAUGCUGCAGUGCCGAACAGUAUUAGCUUCUGUUCCCAAGUGUGGAAACCCAGAGGGGCUGAAGACAGACCAGGACCUUGCCCCACUCUCUGCCAAGACUGGUACCAGUCUCUUUUCCUCUACCCGUCUUCCCAGAACCCCCUUUGUGAUGGUGGCUGUGCCCCCUAAGCCCUGUGGCAUUUCCAUGUCUUACUGGCAACCACACAACUCAGGGAAAGGAGUGCCUGGGGGUGGGGCACAGGCGGGCAGCACUGAGGGAUCCUGCCCUGCCCCUCCCCAGCCUCUUUCCCCAUCUCACCCAGCAGCCACUGCCUGGUGGGCCUGGCUAAGGGUGUGCUGCUCCUUAAACCACUGCUCCCCUGAACCCAAGGCAGGCCACCUCCAACCUGUGGGACUUGAGUUCAGGAUUGGAACUAUUUCUGUACCUAGUGGCUUUGGGCUUAAAUUUGUCUUUUGAAUUUGAAUGCUUGACCCCAGGAAGGAGCAGUAUGGGGCUAGGUACCUGGACUUUCCAGUUUAGAAAAGCUCUGGGCCAGGAGGGGACCACGGAGCCAAGGCCUAGCUGCUGCUUUCUUUUGGUUUUGUGUUACAGGAGUUUCUGGAGAGUUUCAGAUGAUUAUUUAAUUUGUAAAUAUUGUAUAAAUUUUAAUAGCUUAAAUUGUAUAUACAGCUAAAUAAAACCUUGCAUUAAUGA